UGCUGCUAGAGCUCUUGCAAGCAUGGUGAACGUUCCUAAAACCCGCCGGACCUUCUGUAAGAAGUGUGGCAAGCAUCAGCCCCACAAAGUGACACAGUACAAGAAGGGCAAGGAUUCCCUUUAUGCCCAGGGAAAGCGGCGGUAUGACAGGAAGCAGAGUGGCUAUGGUGGACAGACAAAGCCAAUUUUCCGGAAAAAGGCUAAAACUACAAAGAAGAUUGUGCUGCGACUUGAAUGCGUUGAGCCCAACUGCAGACCCAAGAGGAUGUUGGCUAUUAAGAGAUGCAAGCAUUUUGAGCUGGAGGAGAUAAGAAGAGAAAGGGCCAGGUGAUCCAGUUCUAAGCAUCAUCUUUUACUAUGAAGAUAAUAAAACACUGAAUUAAUGU